UCUCCUUGUGUAUCUCAGCAAUUGAUUCGCAUUCCUGCGCCGUGCUUCGGGGUGUCGCUCGUUCGUAGGACCAGCAGCAUCAGCAUCAGACAAAGCAGCAUCAACCACCCCCAUUCAAUGCACGCAAUAGCAGACCAAGUCACAGCACAAGUAGCAGCAACAGCAGAAACAGAAGCAGCGACGCAACACGCUUCCCUCCAAAUGCAGUCCCGCCGAUUGCCCGCGCAGCCUCGGUGAACGCUGGAUUCAGCAACACGUCGACCAGCAAUGCAUCCAGCGCCAGCAGCGACAGCAACGACAGCAACGACAGCAGCAAGGGCGCCAAUGGAAUGCUGGCACGCACCAAAGAUUUGGAUCAAAAUAACAAAUCUGCGCCAAGCCCGUUCGUGAUUACGUCGGAUGUAGUCAUGCCCGACGCGACCAUUCCAGCCUUAAUGGCGAUGACAACGGAGGCAACAUGUGCGGCCAUGACUCAGGCGGCGGCAGCGUCGGCAGCAUCGUCUGGCGCAGUAGCAGCAUCAACAAACGGAACAAACGCAGCAAACGCAGCCAACGCAGCCAACAAUGCGAAUUUCCUCUUCCAGCGCCCCGAGUCGGCCUUCAAGCUGACGGCCAGCGCACUGCCCCUACUUUCGUCGUCGCAGUCGCAGUCGCCCACCGCUUCGUCGCUGGGCUUCUCGCCGCUGCUGGGGUCACAGGAGUUGGAGGGGUUGGAUUGGUCGGGCUCCCCAAAAUUGGGCGACGAAAUAUUCCCCUUCCAUUCCAGCGCCAAUAAUGCCUCGCGCAUCAACGCUGCCAGCGACUCGCUCAGCAUGGGCAAGCCCAUUGACAACAGCAACAACCUUCACGCCAAUGCCAGCAGCAGCAGCACCGCAAACAACAACAACAACAACAACAACAACGGCGUCAAAACACAAAUGGAAGUGCACUCUUCAUUCGCUGGGAAUUCUGGUGUGAAAUUCGUCACCGACGUUAACAACAACAAUAACAACAAUAACAUCAACAACAACAACACCGCCACCCGCAACGUCCUGCCCCCUGCAGCCUCUGCACCGCACUCGAUAUUGACGUCUGCAAUGGUUCAGGCGGCCGCAGCUCAGCAGCAAUUCGCCAUGGACUUGUCAGCACCCGUGAGAAUGGGCGGAAACACCAAUAUCCAAAAUGGUGGUAACAUGACCAAUAGCAGCAGCAUUGUCCACGACACCUGCAGCAGCAGCAGCACCAGCACCAGCACUGGCGCUGUUUACCAAAAUGCUCUUCACCGCGUGAGUUACAGCAGCGCCAGCAGCGCGACCAGCUCAGCACCCAACGGCUCGCCCGCAUCUGCUCGCAACGCAGUUUCGGCCUUUUAUGACGACUCGCUCGUGGGCGGAAAUUUGGGCAGGUCGAACGCGACAUCUUCGCAUACCCUGAUGCUCCUUGACAACCAGCAACCCAUGCGCCUCACGCAGCAGCAUCAGCAGCCACAGCUCCACCAGCGCUUUUCGCAGAAUCAUCAUCAACAGCAGCAGCAGCUGAUGGACCUGGAGCGUGAGGCCGCCGAGCCCUGGCUCGAACAGCUCCACCAACAAACCGCAUUCGGCGAAAUCACGUCCCAAUCUGGGUCGCGGCCCGGAACAGCCCAGCUCACCGAGCAGGCUCAGCAGCUGCAGCAGAUUCUCUCGUCAAUGUCGACUCGCGCAGCUCUCGCAGGAUCAACCCUGUCGGUGGCCGCAGGACAGCACCCGCAGCAGCAGGCGACCGAAUCGGGGUCCCGACGCAGAACUCUGAGCACUGCCUCUGUCGAUCAGCCCUGCUCCCGCCGCGUGCAGUUCACAAUGGGCAGCCCACUCCGCCUCAUCAGCAUGCCCGGCGUCCACAUUGCACUGGAGAAAGAGGAGCUCUGGCGGACUUUCUUCCGCCACGGCAAUGAGAUGAUUUUGACCAAGAAGGGGCGUCGCCUCUUCCCAACGCCGAGCUUCACCAUCACCGGCCUCCCCGAGCACCGCUCCUUCUCCAUUGUCAUCAACUUUGUCCCGGCCUCCAAAGUCGCCCACCGCUAUGUCGGUGAGGCCUGGGCGGAAGUGCCCACCUCCAAGUCGCUGGACUGCAAUGUUGUGACGCAGUUUGUGCACAACAGCUCGCCAGCGUUGGGCUCGGUCUGGGUUGAACACCCCUUCAUGUUUGAUUUUAAAAUCACCAACAACGAAAUCACCUCGACUACCAGCGACGCCGUCCUGCUGCAUGCCCUCCACAAGUACAUUUUCUGCGUCCAAGUGUUUGAGCCGCUCGCGGAGGACGAGUCCAGCAUGCUCGAGGUGGACUUGGAGGCUCCAGCUGGCGCCAACCGCAUGCACCUGCCUGGACAUCGCCUGGUGCACUCGCAGCUGUUUGAAGAGACCCAAUUUAUUGCCGUCACCGCCUACUGCAACCCCAACAUUCGCGCCCUCAAGAUUAGCCACAACCCGUUCGCCCGCGCCUUCACCGACCGUGCCAGGGGCGACAUUGAGACGGCGCGCGCCCUCACUCAAGCGCUGGAGAAUCAGGACGACUCGUCCGCAGGCGAGGCGUCGCCCAUCCCAGUGGCAAUGGUGGGACCUCAGCGAGCACCCGUGCGUCGCUCGUCGUUUGGCGGCGCCGACAUGCUCUCCCCGGCCACCACGGACGACGGCACGCCGCUGCGCCCGCAAUUCUUGCCGCUCUGCUUUGAGCCGGAACGCUCACGCUCAGCGGCGCUGUCCUCGGCGCCGACUCCGCCCACGCCGAUUCCGACACGCAUCACCGCCCGACGAAACCGGACCGUCUCCGAGAUGGAUGCCGUCGACUCGACCGCCAGUCUCUCGCCCGCGCACUCUCUGGCGAGCCGCAACCACACGCCUUCGCCCAUGAUCCAGCAAGGCAGCACUGCCUUCCCAUUCACGACCCUCCCAAGUGCAUCGCCAAAGCGCGCUCGCUUGGACCACUCGCAGGGUCUCAGGUCGAUCACGUCUCUGGGAGGUGGUGCUCGCAAGCUCUCAUUCGAGUCGAUGUAUUCCAGUGACUUUUCAGACUUGCUGCUCGACGCCCAGCGCAUGUUCUCCAAUGCCAAUGCCCGCAACAGUGGCCACGGCGGCUUGACGACCUCGGCAUCUUGCAGCUCCAUGGCUUCCACGAAUUCGCGCUCCGCGGGCUUGCCGCACCUGAGCCACACGUACUUUCCCGGAAGCUCGGCGGACUCAACUCCAUUGCCCACUCCGGGUCUCGGACACUCUGGGACGCAAGGAACGCAACCCACCGCGCGUCCGCGUGUGAUGAGCAUUUCCCAAAACCGCGCCAACUGGGACGCGUUUCAGCACGCUACACAGUCGGCCAACCUGGACAGUGCCAACACCUCGACUGUCGAAGAGCUUGAAGGCUUGAUUGGCGCUGUAGCCCGCUCUGCCAAGGAGGCUGCCAUAGAAAUGAUGACAAAGAUGCACGCAACUUCGCCUCAGUUCCGCUCCUCGGAGGAGUAUGCGCAUCAAGUGAAGCUGGCCAUGAACGACGCCAAAAUCCAAAUUGUCGUUUGCGACCUCGCUGUGUUCACCCCGACCACUCUUCAGCGCCUGCGGGCAAACCCCGUCUCGGCCGACUUGUCACUGAUGGUGGUCGUUCCUCCCAACACACUGCCCUCGCUGAUUGACAGCAUCCUGGCAAGCGGUGUUGAAGACGUCUUGUAUGAGCCGCUCCCUCCUGCUUUGCUCAAGCAGCACCUCGUCAGGUGCAUCGAACGACGUUCUUGGCACGCCUACAUGUGAAAAUCACACUGAUCUUCACACCACCAGCCCCCUUUGUUUUUGUUAUCCAUAUUUUUAUCGUCUCGAGUUGUUAUCAUCUCAAGCGUUGUUUCCGUCUCAAG